AUGACUGACACUCCAGAGUCGUCGCCUCGACGACAUCUCACCAGUGCCCAGAUUGCUUCUCACCUGCAAUAUCCGACUUUCCCUCCGCUGACUGCCUCCGUGGAGGAGUGGGUUAUUCGCUCACGACCUACCAAUAUGACGUCAGAACGAGCUUCCGAACAUCCGCCAAAUACCUUGAGUGAUAGCUGGGCCACUUUGAGUGUUUCUGAUAUACACUCGGAGGAUGGCAGUCACUCCGAGCAGACUGAUACAUGCUCCCUCAUCGACCAGACCACCCCCGACGACGUUGCAAGCCUUGAUGAACGCUACAGCAGCAGCGAGGCCGAGGUGCAGGACGAAGACAACCAGGAAGAUGAUGGAAUAAUAGGAGAUGAAGUCCCGUGCAGUGCCUCGGGUUCUCAGCACUUGCCGACUCUUUUUCCGUUCAGAAGGAGCACAAUCGAUGAUAGCACCACAACUACCAAACCGACCUUCUCCAACUCCAGUGACUCGAUCGAAUUUGUGGAGCCCGAAAAGUGGCCCGAGAUCGAGAGAGUGGAACUCAAACAUACCAUCCGCAUCUUUGAUGGGGCUGCAGCCGAAGAGUUGAAGAGUCGGUUGCCCUUUAACUCAACCGAUUCCAUACUCAUGGCUACUGUCCAGCAGACGAUGACCAAACAGAGUCUCGACCUGGACAAGCCCUUCCGUGUGCUUUACAUUGGACAGCCCGAGUUCCGAAAUAUCAUUCUCGAUAAGAUCGGCGAUGUUCUAGUAUCAAGCUCAUGCUCCAGUUCGGAGACCAGCUCUGCUGAGUCUUCCCGAUACCACGUUGUGCCAACUUCCUUUGGUGCAGGGGCUGUUCCAAAUUUUGCUGAGCUCCUCCCGAUCCAUGUUCAGUUGGUGGUUGAUGAAUGCGUGGAAGCCACAGUUGAUCCCAGUGUGGACCGACCAAAUACCCUGAGCCUGAAGUUCAAGAACCGCCCGGUUUGCACUUCAGCAUGGAAUGGCUCGGAUUACCGUGUGUCCUCAGCCUCAGAUUGGACUCUCCCAGACGUAGCAAUUAUCUUUGUCUCGGGCCGCGAUGAUGCAAAGGCCAUCAGUACCCAGUAUCUUACUCACGCCUUCCUCGAACGCCAUGGAAUCCCGGCAAUGAUGAUUUCAGAGGAGCCAUUGUGGAACAUGGCUGGGGAAACAAUCCCUCUCAAUCACAACAGUUUGCACACUUGCUUGGAAUCUCGGCAUCCAGAGUCGGGAGAAACUGCAGUUCUUCGACGGUAUCCAAUCGAUUUGAAGACUUUCGAGAGCAUCACACCUGGGCAGCUCAACCGAAACUUGGCAUCGCUCGUCCGUCAUUACCCUAAGAAGGCACAUAAGUUCACUGCUGAGACCUCCGACUCUUUCCAAACACAAUUCUUUCCCGGUCAUGAGAAAUAUCUUGAAAGCUGGCUUCCAUCUUCCUAUGCCGCUCGGGUUCGUGAAUGGGCACCAACACUACGUCUAGUCGCUUUGACUCUCAUUUCAGGCAUUGCCCUCUCUAUCGGUUACGCUGCUAUGAAGGUAAUAGUCAUUUUUCUGACACAGUGCCUUGCUGGAUCGACUCUCUCCAAUGCAUUCGCUCCUGUGGCAUCUCAAAUAACCUCAUCCUCCAUUCUGUCUCUCGAUAGAGUAAGUCAGACUUCACACUCGAUACAGCCAUCAUCUUCUGUACAGAUCUCACAUGUCCCUCUUGCGGGGGUAUCAAUCCCCGGAGAGAUCACGGUACCUUCUAUUUCUGUCUCGGGAUCAACGAAUACGGACGAAUUUGAGAUCCAGGCUGUGGGAGACUGCCAUGUCAUCAUCAAGCCACCUUCUAAGCUUACAACCUCCAAGAAACUGCCUCACUUCAUUGUGAGCGUUCAAAGGCAAAGCAAAGAUCUUCCAUACGAGCUAUCACAAUUGUUCGAGGGGGUCUACAUGCUUAAGUUGGACCGGGAGAAUGCAUACGGUUUAAUCGACGUGACAAUCACGGCCCAGUCAAAAUCACCAAUCAACCAGAGUAUGGCCGUCGACUUUGGAACACCAUGGCUCAAGAUUGCAAGUUGGAAGAGCGCCGCGCAAGGAAUUUCUGUGCAGUUUACGAAGGACCUGCAGAUGGCUCAAACUGGCCUCACCGAGGUGUACGGCCGAUUUUCCACCGACUUGCAGUUGGUCGUGGGCGAUGUAGUGAAGAGAACGCAUAUCUUACGUCGCGACGCCGAUAUUCUACGUCGUGAUAGCCUCAGUGCGCGCGACACAGUCCUCUCACGGUCGAAGCAGAUUUCCGAGGUAUUCACCCGCAACGCCCUUCAGCGAUUCCGGACUGCUUCUUCUGUGCUGCAACUUCGCUCGAGUCGCGUGAACAAGGAGGUUAAGGAGCUUGUGCAUGAUGCAUGGAGUCGCAUUGGAAACUCAGCUGCGAAGGUUGACCUCCGCAGUAUGAUGGAUCGGGUGCGCAGUGCUCGCAAAUGCGAAGCGCUGGAUCGGGCUCAGUCGCGUGCGCGCCAUGUCCUGGGCCUUGAUUCGGGCAAGCAAGAGGAUUCAAUCCUCUCUCGUUAG